AUGGAAAACAAAUCAUCUGGAUUCAGUUCUCAUUUAACCCUGGACCCAUUUUUUAUUCCACCUAGAGGAAAGUAUCCCAUAUUUUUUCUCGGUAUUGUGAUUUACUUGUCUGGAAUGUCCUGCAAUCUGAUCCUACUGACUUUAAUCAUACUGAAGAAGAACCUUCACAAGCCCAUGUAUUUUAUCCUGUUCAGUCUUCCCCUCAAUGAUCUGAUCGGCAUAACUGCAAUGUUACCCAAAGUACUUUCAGAUAUUGUUACAGAAACACAUAAAGUUUACUAUCCUCUCUGUGUUUUACAAGGAUUCCUGCUGCAUAUGUACGGAGGUGGAAUUUUAUUUAUCCUUGCAGCAAUGUCUUUUGAUCGUUACAUUGCCAUCUGCAUGCCAUUGCGUUACAGCUCUUUUAUGACUCUGAGAACAGUUAUUUUGAUCAUCUCUCUAGUCUGGGGUCUGGACUUUGUUUUGAUCUUGUCACUUUUCUCUUUGCAGACAAGGCUCCCUCGCUGCAGAUCUGUUAUUAGAAAUGUGUUUUGUGAUAACCCAUCUCUCCUGAAGCUCACAUGUGGCGACACGACAGUCAAUAAUAUCAUAGGACUGUUUAACACGGCUGUCAUGCAAGCUGUAAGUGUGUCCAUUCAGGCAUAUUCCUACAUUAAAAUCCUGAUUACUUGUAUGGGUGCAAGUAAAUCAGAAGAGAGGAAAAAGGCCAUCAACACUUGUGUUGCACAGCUGCUUAUACUUUUUAUUUUUGAGAUUACAGGAACUUUCACAAUUUUAUCUCAUCGGUUCAAAAAUGUCUCCACUGACUUGCAAAAGAUCAUGGGUAUGCUGAUAUUUCUGGUACCGCCACUUCUAAAUCCAAUUGUGUACGGUCUUUACACAAGUGAAAUACGAAACACUCUCCUGAGAAUCUUGAAGAACAGAGUAUCGUUAUGA